AAUUCCUAGAAAGGGUUUCUGUGCACAGAGAAAUGAGACCCUGACAGUAUAAACUAUGCAGCAUGUGAACAUUGACACAAACGAGUCAGUGCGUUUCGGGAGUUUCAUGACGGUUAAAAGAACUGUAGAUUCAAAUGCACUAUAAUAAUUAGAGUAUCAAAAUCAACAGUGUGAUGAGUGGCAGUGGAUUCAGAGGAAGAGGCUUUGGACCACGGGGUGCUCGUUCAAAUGGUCCAUCCAAUGGCUUCAGUGGACCCAGGUUUCCACACCCAAGUUUUAAUCAUCCACGACCACCACACAGAUUGUCAGGGCCAGAGAAAUGGGUAGAAGGUCCAAAUUUUAAACCAUGGCAACAGAACAAAGGCUUUCUUGGAAGGCCACAAUAUAGGGGUAAUUUACAAUUUAGGCCAAAUGGCAGAAGUAGAGCUGCUAAUAAUGGCAGGGGAAUAGUAAGGUUUCCUGGACCUGGUAGACCAUCAGGUCCUCAAUUUUGUAUGGGUUUCGUAAGAAAUUCUGGUCCUAGGCUACCAUUGCCACCGCAAGAAGAACAAAUAAUAGAAGCGGAAAAAUCGUUAGUGGUGCCACAGACCCCUUUGCUGGGCUCUGAAGAAGAACGUCAACAAAAAAUUACAGAGACAGCUGACAAAUUAAAAGAGAAAUUAUCUUCAAUAACAGAAGAGGAUAUGACAAAUUUUUGGGAAGAUGAUUUAUCCCUAUUACCAAAUAGUGGUUCUGAAGAAGGAAUUGUUCAAAUGAAGGGUAUUCCCGAACUCAGACAUGAACCACCUGAACUGGAUUUAACUUUUACUGACUUCAGAGAUAUAGGAAGGGUGGACUGUAAUAAUUCGAAAUUUGAUAGUACAGAUGAUACGGGCAAUAACGACGAUAUUUUGAUCACCUAUGAAGGUGAGGGUGUAACUGAAACUGCAAGUACAAACAAUGAAAUUAUUAUCAUAAAUCAGGAAAAUCCUUCAAAUGUCUUAGAAUCAGUGCAUAGCAAUCAUGUUCUGGAUCAGUCAGAUACGUUUCCGGAAGAAGAUAGAUGCGAAGAACAGAUAUUCCAUGAGUUGCCUAACCCUGAAUGUAAUUUGGAAAAUUUAGAUUUUCAGUGUGAUAAUAUUACAGAAGUUGUACAAUCUUCUGAUAGAAACACCAAUGCAAAUCCAAUUUUAGACGAGAACAUAACGGAUUACGCAUUGAUGCAACCUAUAGAUGAUCUAAUGAAUGAAAAUCCUUUAGCAUUUAACGAUGAAAACACAAUUCCCACGUCUGUGUCAGCUUUAAACGAUCAAGACGUAAUACCGGUAGAUUUUUUGCAGAAUCAGGAUACAUUACAGGAUAUAGAUACAAGUGCUGCACAACAUAUUAAUACUGAUACAUAUGAGGAUGACCAUUUAGGUGUGGAUCUAAACCAGCAGGAUAAUGAACAAGCGAGCUUGUCACAGGAAGAAGUUUGCCAAAAUUCAGAGAACAACUCCGAUUCUGGACAAAAUAAUUCAGCUACACUUCCAUCUCCCAGUGAAGAAAUUCAGUUGAAUUCUAACUGCGACUCGAAAUCUCCGACAUUUCCACCGUUCAACGAAAUACAGACAUCGUCAUUAAAUGACGAUAAGAAAUUGAAUAAUCCGCCUCCUUUCCAGCCAAGGGUAUUCAAUAUACCUCCUAGGUUCACCCCCAGAAUUCCUCCUGGGCCCAGGUGUCGGUGGUCGUUCCAACAGAAUGGAAAUAAUGUAUUUUUCAGGGGACCACAGAGAUUACCGUUUCGUGGAAAUCGAAUCCCUCCACCGAGACACAUCGGACCGUACAAUCCAGCUGACAUAGGUCCAGCCGCAUUUGGCCCGUGCCCGCCACCGCCGUUCACACAUACUGUACCUGUCUCGGGCCAUGACCCUCAGCAUCAUGCUCUAGUGCCAUUCUCCUCUAACGAUUUGCUUCCCGCGUUCGACCCGAGCGAACCACCGCCAAACAUACGGUCGAUAUCGGCGACCGAAUCGUCUAACAGACAAGAAAUUCCACAGGCUAUGUCGUCACCGUUGGAUUCCAACACUCAAGGAACCAUCGUGCCGCCGUACGACAUGGAAAUUCUGCAACCGCCUCCCUCUUUCGAUCCCAGGAUCGUCCUGAUGAAACCGAACGAAAAGUUACCGGAAUUCAAUCCUCAACAGCCACCGCCGAAAAUCCACAAACGUGACGAGCUUCUUCAACCGCCGCCGAUUUUCGAUCCACGACUGUCCUCGCAGGAACGUUCCAAGCUAAUCGCUCCGUUGAACGCCCCUGGAUCUCACAUGAUGAGUAUGAACGUAAUGGAAACGUCGCAACUGUCGGACUUCAGUAUAAAUUCCGUCGCGGCGAAUUUUUCUCAACCGCCGCCGUUCAUACCUAGUCUGCCGGUUAAUUUCCCACCCGUUUUGCCACAGACAAGCAGCGGACCCGUGAUCGUGCAAGACUUUGGAUUGCCACCGCCGCCAAUAAAUAUCGCCAAUGUUCCUCCGCCACCGCCCCAGGAGAACACGUUGCUAGUGGAUUCUGGCAACCAGCAGGGUAUAAGUAUGGACGAUGGAUUGGAGGACAUGCAGGAGGCGAUGGAAUUCGCGAAGCAGAUAAUGAAUAUGUCGGUGGACACGAAGGACAAUCAGGAUACAUCGUCGAUGGUAUUGGAAACGGAAUGUACACCAUCGGAUAUUCCUGUCCCAAAAGAUAGUGUAGUCUGUACUUCGUCGGUGGAUCAAAUGCAUUUAAACGUUGGGAAGAAUCAAAAGAAGGAGAAUAAAAGUAAGAAGAUGAAAGAGACCACGGUUUGCGAGUCGGAACAGAUUGAAAAACAAGAUGCCGUUCAAGUGGUCGAGGAGGAACAGAAUGUACGGAGUCAGGUUAAGAUUACCGAAGAUAUAACUUUGUUGACAGGUGAUCAGAUACGUCCGAAAGUGGUGUUCAAUUUAAAUUCGAAAACGAAGGUGCUGCAAAAGCAGGAAGAGUGGCACAGGCCCUCUUUAAGUGGAUCCGAUAAUAAUAGAGAGACUUCUCAACAAGCUACAACUGUGAAUCCGUCGAAAGAAAAGAAACAGUCCAAGAGAUAUUCUAACGAGCGUAGAAGGGGUAAGCACUCCACCUCCUCCUCCUCCUCCUCCUCCUCUUCCUCCUCCUCCUCUUCCUCUUCGACUGUAAAAAUACCGAAUAAUGUAAUUGCGCCGAAAAUUCAAAGAUCCAGAAGAGAGAAUAAAAAAGUCUUGGAAACGGCUACGUCGGAAUCCUCCUGGAAGAACCGAGUGAUCAGUCGUUUCCUGAAGAUGAGCAAGAACGACAUUUGUAAUAUGGUGAACAAUUCGAGUCUACGGAAGUUCGAUAUCGCGAUGAAACACCUGGUGAAAGAACGACGUUCCACGUUGUCCUUGAAGAUGCGCAACACCGAGCACGAGAAGAUGAAAGAGUACGACAGGGAGGAGUUCAUGAACCAGUUGAACGCGAUGCUGGAUUCAGGCGCUGUGGUCGGUAUCACAGAUCUGCCCACGGAGUUUAUUCAUCAUUUAAGCGAAGUUCUCCAAUUGGAUCCUAUGCCGUCCGAUAUCGAACCGCUGGAGACACAGAAAACGACGAACAUCGAUGAAAUCGUACCUUCGAUUCAGAACAACAGUUCAGGUAUCUAUCCCUCUGAAUAUCUCGACAAGACGAAUAUCGAAGUCGAAUCGAUUGAUCAUCUGAAACACGAUACGUACACAGAGCAGGUGGAAGACAAGCACGCGGGGGAGGAACCGUCGCACUGUCCUUCGAAUACAGAACUGAAUUUAAACCUUUCACGGGAAGACACCAGCUCGUCACGAAAGUCACUGCCAAGUAAAUCGAAUUCCGAGGUAGAAAUCACGCAUAAAAAGCAACAACCGUUGUUCAACGAGGCCGAUCUCGAUGACAUCUUGUCGCAGGUGACCGAAAGGACGAAACGUUUCCCGAAUGUGACUUCAAGACGGUUUAUAGAAACCCGUAAAGCACCUCCUCCGCAACCAACGACCGAAUCUCUCGAGUGUAAUCAGUCUUUUCCGCAGAUUUCCAGCUCAACGGUGGCUGAUCUCGACGACAUAUUUUCGGCGGGAAUCGCGCGAGCCAAGUCGCUCAGUAAAAGCGCGGAAUCGGGUACAUCGAGAUCGCGAAAAUCGAAUUCCGAGGAUCGAAGCACCUUCAGAUAUGAACGAUACGAGAGAUGGGAUCGAAAAGAACGACAUGAUCCGGACUCGUUCAGGAACUUAACGAAAGAAGAAUGGGACGCCAAGUAUGGAACGAUAAGUACGAGCGCGACAUCAGCUGCCAUAUGGAAAAAUGCCUCCAACAGCGCCGAGAACUUGACCGAAGACAAUCCGAAUUAUCACCAGUCCCAGAGGUACUGCUCGUCAGACUCACCGACGAGACAUUUAAGUCUUAGUCCUCUACAGCACGAGCUGUAUAAUCAGGACCGAUACGUUGAUCGUUACAACGAGACAGAGGAAGAACCGAGGGUAAUGGAACGGUCCGAAAGUAGCGACGGGUCCAGUACAAGUAGUUCAACCUACACCGACGAGGAGACCGUUGCUCCAAAUGUCACAAAAUUGUUGAAGGUGAUCAAGGAGAAGGAGAAGAUCGCGAAAAAGAAGUCGCUGAACGAGACCAUCAGGGACGAGGUGACUGCCGAGAUCGAGAAGAAAUGGAAAGAAAAAAGCAAGCACAAGGAACGUAGAUCACGGAAACGCGAGAAACGGAAAAAAGACAAGAGGGAAAAGCGAAAGAAGGAGAAAAGAAGGAAGCGGAAGAGAAGUAUCGAUGCAUCUAGGUCCAGCGAGUGUUCUGGAGAGUAUCGGUUGUUAACGGAGGAUGAGAUUAAGAAGGAGGUGGUCGUUAAAGAGGAGCCGUUAAGCACGAUCGAGGAUAGCGUUUCUCAAGGAUUUAAUAGUGAAACUAACAGCGUUACUCACGUUGCUCCUGCUAUUACCGGUACAACAGUGGAGACAACUUCCUGGAUUGAAUCGCAGAGUUCACAAAUGGAGACACAAAUCCCUGCAACAACCACUUGCGACAAGACAACGGUCCAGGCUAAGAAGAAACCAACAAUCAUAUCAAUGAGUGUGCAACCAAAGACCAAAGCACAACUGAAACAGAUGCCCGAUUCCACUGAAUUGGAACAGAACCAAGUUCUAGAAAGAUCAAUUGAAGCGAAGAGUACAGUUGACGUACAUAACACAACAACCACUGACAGUGAAAUAACGAAUAAACCAGCGGAAGAGGCUAAAGGUUGCGAAGUAGCCGAAUGUCACAAUGAAUGGACAGAUACUUCUUCGUGUUCAAGCAGCACCGUACCUCAGACCAAUGUGUUUUCACAUGUUAUAGAGCAGUCGCAUGCAGCAGAAGAUAUUAGUAAUGUUAAUGCGACGAACGAAAGUGGUCAAACAGCUGAACAGAAAACACAUGCAACUGAUACCCUGUCAACAGAAACGAAAAGUGGAUACAGGAAGAUAGAUAUAAAGGCGUACAAGGAACGUGCUCUGCAAAGACGGUUACAGGAAGAGGCUAAACUAAAGGAAUUGUCCAAAAGUCCUGUCUCUACGCCUCAGAAUCUGUCUCAGCCUACUUUAUUGACGAAUAAGACAAGUAACGAAUCUGAGAUAUUAAGCAUGGAGAAGGAGAUUAAGAUAGUACCAGAGGUGGAGAGUAAAAUUCUUUUGAAGGAUCCACGAUUAGUUAAAAGAAAAUUGAGUCAGUCGGUGAGUCCCUCUUCGUCAGAUUCUAACAAAGAAACAAAGGAAAAACUUAAUUUGGAAGAAGAAUGUCAGAACGCGGAUAUUUCUCAAGAAACCAACGAACCCUCAGUUCCUGCACAGUCACAGAGUGUCAACGAAUCAUCGGAAAUCAAAGAUAAAGAAAAGACUGUAAGUUGUUGGGACCGCAGAAGCGAUGAUACGUCGUUUCAUCAGGAAAGGACAAUCAGGGAGUCAGAGCAUUUCAAAGCGACAGUUGAAUCCACUGUAGAAUUAGAAGAGAAGAAAUCAAAGAAAUCGGCCACAGCUGAAUCCAUUAGGUUCAAGAAUAUUCGGUCAGAAGGAAGUAAAGAAUUGAAAUUGAAGAAAGAGAAGAAAUCAGCAGAAAAAAAGUCGAAAUCCAAGUCUUUGUUGAAAGAGAAAGAGAUAAAACAACCACUCAUAACUGAAGAGGUAUGCAAAGUAUUGACCGAAAAUCUAAACAGUACUGUUCAGACUGAAGUUGAGAAGACAAGUGCAAGUGACACCUCCAAAUCGGUGCAAAGUGGAGAAACAAAAGAAAUCUUCUUAGACUCAACAAUGUCCAUUGAUAAUGUUGCAACAGAAAGUAGCAGUAAACAUGACAUUAGUCAGGAAGAAAUUAAUAUUGAUACCACGAUAGAAAACAACAGCGAAGAAUUUAUGAAUAUUAAUGACAAGAUAACAGAUGUAGAUAAUCAACAAAUUACGAAUCAAGUUAACAAAGAAAUUACAGAAGUGCAAAAAAUAGACGAAGGAGGAAGUGAAACUGGAAAUACGGAAAAUUUAACAAUUUCGAAACCUGAAGAAAAUAACGUUCAGGAAACUGAAGGAAAAGGAUGUGAAUGUUUUGACGUAAAUGCUGCAUUAUACGAAUCUGUAACGACUGAAGAAUUCAAUAGAGGAGAGUUUAUGACCGAAGAAAUCGCACCUGUUAACAUUACUCCAUCCGUUUCCUCUGAAGAAUGUAUUACCGAAGAUAAAUCUCUAGAUAAUUUGGUACUUGUUACUGAGGAUCCACAUCAUUGUCACCAAGAACUGCAUUUGGAGGGAGAAUAUGAUUGCUUAGAUAAGAACCAUGACUUACAAGAUACUGUAAUGGAUGAGAGCUCCACUUUGCAAGAAAAUGAAUCCAGAAAUAUAGAAAUGAUUCCACGGGAUGCCUCUGAGAGUGGUGCAGAUUUAGAAACUAAAGUAGACAAUGAAAAUUUGGAACUGAAUGGUUCCCCAAUUCAGACAAUUGAAGAUGUACAGUCCUCGAAGACUUGCAAUAAGAUUGACGUAAGUGAAGUAAAAUCUCCUGAUAGUUCUGGUAGCCCGUUUAAAGGUUUCUUCGCAGAAUUUAUCGAAGAAGAUAUUCGUCAAGUGUCUGAAUUAUAUGACAUAAGAAUGAAAAAUAAAGAUGAAAAAGAAAGUACAAUAGAAGAUUCUACCAAGUGGUUGGACACUUGUGUUAAAGAUAAACAUAACGUGAAAGAAGACGAUAGAACUGAUGAUAAUGGUACUCGGGAAAUGAAGGAUACUGGUAGUGUAAUAUUAACAGACAAAUCGGUGGACGAGCAACCAAUUAUCACUACAGAUGGCACUGUCGGCAACACAGUCCCCGAUAAUUACGAAGCUGAAACAAAAACAUUACAGCUGGAAAAUGUUGACAUAGUGGAGACACCUCAAACUAGUAACAUAGAUAUGGAAGAAGAGGAUCAUUUGUCUGUCCAUGAUUUAGAUGGUCAGGACACGUUCAAUGAAGACGGAGUACCCUUUAUUGUAUUGGAUGAGUACAUAGAUGAUACAGACGGAAGAUCUAUCGAUAAAUUAAUUGACAUUGAUCUGGAAUUAGAAGAUUGCAUUGCCAGGGAUACAGAGACAUUUUUAAGCGACUCAAAGCAGGAUGGAAGAAGUUCGGUAGAUAACUUCAAGUCGCCGAAUUUCAACGCAAUAGACUUCGAGGAACUAUCGGAAACCUUAGAUAUAGGUGAUGAUAUAUCUCCUGAAAGUGAGAACAAGGUGAUUGAAACGAAUUUGAAUGUAACUUUACCUGGGCAUGAAGAGAAAGAUACCACAAAUAUUACAAAUGUUUCUUCUGAUUUAAAUGAGUCAAGUAACGCUGAGCCAAAUACAGAAACAUUACAGAAGUCUGAAUUGGUAAAUCCCGUAGAACCAGAAGUUCCUGUAAUAUCCUCAGAAAAGGAUGCAACACUUACUAUAGAUAUUCCUCAGCAAUCUCCAGUGCUUGAAUCAUCGUGUACAGAAGUGGAAAAGAUUGAGCAUAAUUCUGCGUGUUCUGAAACAACAGAGAACUUGAGUGUUCCAACAGAAAACUUGAGUGUUUCAACAGAAAACUUAAGUGUUCCAACAGAAAACUUAAGUGUUCCAACUGAAAACUUAAGUGUUCCAAAGGAAAAUUUAAGUGUUCCAGAGGAAAACUUAUGUGUUCCAACAGAAACUGCCUUUAGAACGUCAUCAGAGGACUUGUCUUUGAUUACUGCACUAACAUCUGAGACAAAUGUUGAAUCCUCACAGUUGAACAAAGAACCUGAUAGAUUUGCAAAAAGAGACGAGGAGGAACAGCAUAAGGGUAACACAAUUUCAGUUUCUCCUGAUGUAAGGAUAUCUGUUGAUCACGAUGUACAUUCUAAUGUUAAUAAAGAACAAAGGAAACCAGAAAAAUUGCACGAUAAACAUGAGACAAAGCAUACAAUUAAAUCGGUUCGUAAAGAGGGAGAUGAAAAGUUGCACAAAGUGAAGGAUAAAUCUAAAAUGAAAAUCAAGCACCACAAGAAACGCAGUCUCUCUAAACAUCAAUUAAAGGAAGCAGUCGCAGCUGAUACAGUGAAACCGAAGUAUCCGAAUACCAAGGAAGCAAUCAUGGCUAGAAUGAUUGAAAUCGAUGUCGAGAUUCACAAACUGAUGACAGAGAAAAUGACACUGUACGAAAUGCUUACAAACGACGAUUUGACAGCAAACAAUGAUUUCGAAGAUAACAAUGCGGCACACGAACGCAAGGAAAUCGAAAUAUCGCUGGUCAGACCACGAACCCCGUCUGCAUUGAUGUCGAAGUUAAUUCAAAACAUAGAAGCAGGUCCUGUAACGAACCAAUGUGCCAAAACAACCACCGAGAAUGUACCCUUGAAGGAUAGCGCAGUGCACCCUGUACAGCCAAACAAAUCCAAGGUGCCCAGACACGAACAACACGCUGUAAAGAAAACAAACAGUAUUAGCACUUGUAGUUCUGAGAAUGAAGAAAUUGCACGUCAUAACCAUACUAGAUCUCCAUCUUUAAAAAGGAGAAAGAGGCACCGAGGGUCUGACAGGGCAACGAAAACUGAGAAUAAAUUGGAAUGUAUAAAAGAGACAUCAGUGGUAAACAUUGUAGAAAAAAAAACCAAUAAUACGGUGAAACCAAUAUUGAAGAAGGUUGCUCCAAAACCAGAAACAACCGAACAACACUCGAACCAGGCUUUAAUUGGUGAAAUUAAAUCUCAGAAAGAUGUUAAUCAUGUUGUUGCUGUAACUAAUCCAAAAUCUUUGUCUGAUAAUGAUAAACCAAAUACACCUAGCGGCGAAGAGAGCGAAAAAACUGCUAAACAAACAGAACCGCACAUUUCCAUCAAGGAAGUUGAUAAAUCAAAAACAGUAGAAGUGAGCAGUGACAAGUUAUUAUUAAAAGAGAAUGAUGAUAAAGCAUUACCAGCGAAUGACAUGGACACUGCAAGUUCAGCGGUGAAAACGCAAGAGAAUAGAACACCAGAGCAGUCAUCCAUCUACUCUGACGACAGUACCUGGGAUUCUCUUGUUCAGGUCCCGAGUGAUGACCAAAAGAAGCCCGCCACGGGUCUUGCUCUUUUAGAGGAAACAUACAGGAAAGAAAUGGCGAAAACACGGAAAACAAAAGCUGAUGCACGAAGGAGAAGGAAGAAGAGAGGAAUGCGCGGGCUGUUGUAUUCCAUAGCCAUGUUGACGCCUGAGGAAGAGGAGCUACCACUAUCUGCGUUGUAUGUUAAAAAGUUACACUCAAAGAAAAAAGCAAAUACUUCGGAUGAGCAAGCCGAAAAAGCAAACGAGCAUCAACUAGAUUGGACGAAUGUGGAUGAAGUAAUAAACGCUGUGGCAGAAAACAGAUUAGAAGAUCUUUAUGUGGAAAAACCAGAAGAACCAUCAGAGGGAAACAAUGAAAGUAAUGUACCUGAUGUGGAUAGUACAUUAGCUAACAAAGAACAUGUCAAUGAACCAGAAAUACUCCAAGAACCCGAUUCAUCGGUAGAAGAAAAGAAAACACUGGUAGUCUCUUUCCCAUUGAAAAAUAUUGAAGAAGACAAUCUUGAACUCUCCACUGAACUGUCUGAGUGUCCAACUUCUUCUGAUGAUAAAAUUGAUGCAGGUAAUAAUGUGCAAUUAACAGUACCUCUUAGUAAUAUUCAAGUCCCAUCAAACAGCGAAGAACAACCUCAAGGAGACCUGAUUAAUGUGGAAUCACAAGACCCAGAGGCUUCACGUGAUGCUACAAUGAGUAUUGAAACGAACAUAAUAGAACCUGUACAGCAAACUACAGAAAGUGAAAAACUAGAAAUUGAACAUGUAACUUCAACAGAAGAUAGAGAUUUAUUUCCAGUAGAAUCAGUUACCAACGAUACGUACACCGAUCAAUCAAUUUCAAAUAUACCCGAAGCUGAUGUAAAUACCGAGAAAACUGAAGAAGAAAACACAGACAAGGAGAAUACAGAGUCUGCUCCGAUAGAGGAUGUUGUUAAUGUUGACAGCACUGUAUCAGUAAACCCGGAAGAAGUGGCAACAAUACCUGAUGCACCUGAAAAACGUGACGACAACACAAUUAAAUCUAUUGUGAAGAUUAUGGUAACUGCAAGUGAGAUUUCUAUAUGUACUCAAAGUGAAAACAAUGAACCAAAAAAUGUAAAUGAUGAAACAUCUAAGGAUUCUUUACCUAAACAAGAGGAUCUGUGCGAGAAGGAACAUGUACGUGAUGAUCGUGAAGAGUCAACUGAUCCAUCUAAAGAUGAACAUUUCAUAAGUUUGAAGGAUCAUAGAGUAUCGCAUAGAAGAAGAGAGUCCGAACGAUCGAACAAAUCGUCUAGUGAAGAGAACAAUAACCGUAAUCGAACGCCUGUUCCUCAUCUUGUCGAGGCUACAGACCCGUCCAAAAGCGACGAUACAUCGAGCAAAAAGUCGUCUAAGCGUAAGAGGGGAAGUAGCAGAACACCUCUUCGUAGGAGUUCCCGGUACACGGAAGAGACAACAAAACGAAUAAAGCUGGAAGUCGACGCGACCGUUCAGCCGCAAGGACAGGACUCUCAGGAAAAAGAUGUACAGAUACAACUUUCUAGUGUUUCACCUGUACCAGUGUUAUCGUCGCACGACGAAGAAACCGAGAAUACAUCUACAAGCGGUAGAAGAAGUCGUAACCAAAAAACAGCUGGGAACCGGAAACGAUGUGUCCCGCCAGAGAUUGAUGUUCUUCCUAACUCGUCGUCAGUUCGGCACGAAGAUUUAAAUGGCGUUAAAAGAUACAAACAGCAUACAAUGCCGGAAAUGAUGAAUUGCAAAGUGAGAUUGGUGGACUGUAAACACAUGAUCUUAAAACCGAACGUAGAUUCCGAUGUGUUACGAAAGUAUGGGAUUUCUACGAUCAACGCGUAUGUGCAAUCGAAUCCCGAUCAAGUGGAUAAUACCUGUUCGACAGUGGAAACGACGUCGUCAACCAAAGACUCGCCAGUGUGCGCACCGAAACCAGCAGCUUCAACAACCGAAUCUUCGCAAAGUCGAGUAACAAAAUCUCUCAAGAAGUCGGAUGAUGUGAUAAAACCUGUCAGUGACUCGGUCAACGUCAACAGAGAAAGAAGAGGACCGAAAUCCAUGAAAAUGAACUUAACUAUGUGCGAUAAACAGGAAUCUAUGGAUGAUCAUAAUACCGAAGUUAUACCGGUUUUAACGAAAGAACAGGCCGUUGCAGAAAUUUCUCAGGAUCGUGACAAACCGGAUAUCGAGAUUGUAGAGGAGAAGAUGAUAGUUACCAAGAAUCAACAUAAUGAUUCUAGAUCAAUGUUGACUGUGAUAGAGACAAAGGAUGAUAAGGAUUUACCAAGGACACAAUAUACGGUCCACAAAGGACCUAUUUUAGAUAUUAAGGUUUUUGAAAGUUCAUUUCUAGCUGCAAGUGAAGAUGGCAGAAUAUAUAGAUACAGUCAAGCUUCAAACGGAAUAUUAAAUAUCUAUAAAGGCCAUAAAGCAGCUGUGACUUGUUUACACGUCUAUAAUCCAAAUAGCACAGUGGACAAUAACAAAGAAUGGAUGUUCUCCGGUUCGUUAGAUGGGACUUUAAGGUGCUACAAUAUAACAACUGGACUUCAAGUGAGAGACACAGCGGACAUAGGUAGUCCAAUACAAUGUAUGGAUGAGGCUUGGGGGAUAAUCUUCAUAGGUACUAAAUCCGGCCAUGUGUCUCGUUAUCAUGUCAAGUCGGGUGUUGUAAAAGGAAACAGUAUACAAUUCUCGGAUAAGUCUGUAUUAGCUUUAAAAGCAACUAACGAGGGUCCACGAAGAGUUCUCAUUGUAGCAUCACGUAGCCAACCGAUCACGAUACGCGAUGCACAGAACGGCCUAUUUCUUCGCACGAUUUGUGGUCAAAAGAAUCACACAGUCUACAGUUUGAUGCGUGAUCAUAAUUUAAUAUAUUGUGGCACGAGUACUACGUCCAUACUUGUCUUUGAUUUCACGAAUGGCGAACAAAUGACGCAAUACGACGCUGGUGUAGGGAUCGUAUGUAUGCGACUGUACAAAAAAUUAUUAUUUGCUGGUUGUUAUGACGGGAAUAUUUAUAUAUUUGACACAAAGGAUCAUCGACUUGUGUGCAGCAUACCAGGACCCGGAAAUAUGCUUUUAAGCAUGGAAGUCAUAGACAAUAAGAUUAUAGCCGGCAGCAAAGAUAAACGUUUGCAGUCGUGGCAAAUGCCACGUCAAGUGCGAGCUUUGCUCUAAAAAUUCGUGAACCAGGCUUGAACUGAUAUAUUCUAGUCUAGUUGUAUUCCCGAGGAAGAUUAACCGACUCGCUUUGGAAUACAUUCAACGUUGGAACUUCUAUGAAAUGACUGUACAGAU